UCAGAGGCAGCACUGAGCAGAAAGAAAUCGCCUACCAUCUUGCAUUUUAUAGCAGACAUUUUGACAUGUCGCUGCAUUACUAUUUAUAUACUCUCUAUGGCAUUAAUAGCACAUUUAAUUCAUAGCACCAAGCAUUGCAUCCCAUUCAGGUGAGCCAGUUGCAGGGCUCUGCUAUUGUGCAUGGUGGCUCAUCAAUAGCUUAAGGGGAAAAUUAAUCAACACAAUUAAUGUCAGCUGACAGUCAAAUCUGCUCUCAGAAAGUUCUAUUAACUUUAAUGGAAAUCACCUUAUCAGAGUCUGCAGGAUGGCCUUUGUACACUGACAGUUUUCACUGGUUGCCCUCAUUCACACCAGAGUGCUCAGACUUGACCGAUUCACCUGAAACGGGACUGUUGGCAGCUUGGGAUCAUGAUGACUUUUCUUAAGGGGAUCAUUCACUGCGGAGAUGCAAGGAAACCUAGGUAGAGGGGGUGGAAGCCUCAAUGGACUGAAGAAGAGGCCGACAGAGGUCAAAAAGUGGGGAGGGGAGUUCGGGAAAUCGGUACAGAGUCACAACCGGAGGAGGGAAGAGGAGGAGGGGAGAAAAGAGUGAAAUAAUCCAGUGGCGAGUCUCUCAGGAGAGCGGCGGUGGUGAAGGGGAGGGAGUUGGGAUACCCAGCAUGCAGGCAGCAUGGAACGGGUGAGGGAGCAGCGGCCUUUCUGCUCACUGUCCAAGAGCCAGAGAGACCGAGAGAGAUACUGCGAGAGAGACAAGGAUCGGGAGCGCUGUUACACCGCCUCCUCUGCUGCCCGGGAGGAGGGAGCCUGCCGCGUGCCCACUCAGAAAUCCUACAGCUCCAGCGAAACGCUCCAGGCCUUUGACCAUGACCCUUCACGAAUGCUCUUUGGAGGCAGAGUCAAGGAGAUGGUCCACAAGGAAAGCGCAGAGUACAGCAGGCCAGGGCAGACGUUCUCGCUGAGGCAACUCGGUUUCUGUGAGCCAUCGGCUCGCAGAGGCUUGGCGCUCUGCCCUGAAACGGGCCUCUCCCACCCACUCAGCAGCUACUCCAGAGGGCCGGUCGUUACAGAAAACCAUGAACCUGUAUCACCGGAACGUACCAUGACUCUUUGGGGAACGGGGCCAAAGUCUGGGCAGGAUUCAUGCCUCUCCAGUCGCUCUAACUCAGCGCUCACACUCACUGACACGGAAAUGGACAAUAAAUCGGACAAUGAGAUGGGUGACCAUCUAUCUAGUCAGCAAGGCCCGCCUCCUCUCCCACCAGCCCCUCCCCCACACAAGCAGCAUCCGUCCAUCACGUCCCUGAGCCGCAGCUCACUGGCCAAUCAGAGGAGCCCAAGCCCGCCGCCCUCAGCCGGCCUGGCGGCCGACUUGCAGAGUACGGCGGAAUGCGUCCAGCUGCAGGACAGCUGGGUCCUGGGCAGCAAUGUGGCCCUGGAGAGCAGGCACUUUCUUUUUAAAACGGGCACAGGAACAACACCUUUCUUUGGCGCAGCAGCCCCUGGUUACACCAUGGCAACAGGGACAGUUUACUCCACACCGGCGCGCCCUUUGCCCAGAAACAGCCUGUCGAGAGGGGCUUUCAAAUUCAAGAAGUCCCCUAAACACUGCUCCUGGAAGUGCACCGCCCUGAUCGCUGUGGGGAUAGCUGUGGUUCUGUCCAUCAUUCUCUGCUACUGCAUAGCAACUCACCUUUUCGGCCUAAACUGGCAGCUCCAAGAGUUGGACAACCGGCCGGCUUUUGAAAACGGAGCAGUUGGGAAGACAGGGCCCACUCAGUCGAGCAUAGUGACAGCUCUGGCUGCUGACGGAAGGACUAGCGUGCUUCAUCAGGAGAACAACUCUAUUGACACAGGACAGGUCGACAUAGGGAAGAGAGUAGGUCAGAGCGUCCCACCAGGGGUGUUCUGGCGUUCUCAACUAAGCAUGGAGCAACCACGCUUCUUGAAGUUCAACAUCUCGGUACAGAAGAAUGCGCUUAUUGGAGUCUAUGGACGAAAGGGUCUCGCACCAACUCACACUCAGUAUGAAUUUGUGGAGCUAUUGGACGGCAGCCGGCUUAUCGCCAAAGAGCAUCGGACUCUAAGUGAACCAGAGACAAGGGCCUGGCUGGAUCAUCCGGUCACCGUCCACCAAGCCGGAUUCAUCCAGUACCUGGACGCAGGGGUGUGGCACCUGGCGUUUUAUAAUGACGGACGGAGUGCGGAGACAGUAUCCUAUAACACCAUCAUCCAGGAAUCUGUCACAGAGUGCACACACAACUGUUAUGGGAACGGAGAGUGUGUGGCGGGAUCAUGUCACUGCUUCCCAGGAUUCAUAGGGCCGUACUGUUCCAGAGCUUCCUGUCCAGUCCUGUGCAGCGGCAAUGGCCAGUACACCAGGGGGCGCUGUCAGUGCUACAGUGGCUGGAAGGGCACUGAAUGUGACGUUCCUGCCUCCCAGUGUAUUGAUCCUCAAUGUGGGGGACACGGACUGUGCGUGGCGGGCAACUGCGUGUGCAACACCGGCCACAAAGGACCCAACUGUGAACAAGUUGACUGCGUGGACCCGACGUGCUCCGGUCACGGAGCCUGUCAUCACAGUGAGUGCCACUGCAACCCGGGCUGGGGAGGGAUCAGCUGCGAGAUCCUGAAGAGCACUUGUCCAGAACAGUGCUCCAGUCAUGGCACCUUCAACACUGACUCCGGAACUUGCAUCUGUGAGGCUAACUGGACAGGGGCCGACUGCUCCAUAGAGGUGUGCUUGGUGGACUGUGGUCCCCACGGCUUGUGCAUCAGUGGUGUGUGUCAGUGCGAGGAAGGCUGGACAGGACCAGAAUGUGAGCAGAGGGACUGUCACCCACGCUGCAUUGACCACGGAGUCUGCCGAGAGGGCAAGUGUGACUGCCAUCAGGGCUGGACGGGGGAACAUUGCACCAUCGACGGCUGCCCCGGGCUGUGCAACAACAACGGGAGGUGCGUCCUGGAUCAGAACGUCUGGCACUGCAUCUGCCAGUCGGGCUGGAGAGGGCUGGGAUGCGAUGUAGCGACGGAAACGCUCUGCUCAGAUGGCAAGGAUAAUGAGGGAGAUGGCCUCGUCGACUGCAUGGACCCAGACUGCUGCACUCAAAUCUCCUGCCAGGGUCAGACCUACUGUCGCGGCUCGCCCGACCCCGCUGCCAUCGCCGGCCAGGGCCAGAGUUCAGCCGCCCAGCCCACAUCCAAGGGCUUUUAUGAUCGCAUCAGCUUCUUGAUUGGUCCCAGCGGCAGUCACGUGAUACCCUGGGAUAACCAGUUCAACAGCAGCCUGGUGUCAGUCAUCCGGGGUCAGGUCCUCACGGGAGACGGGACGCCGCUGAUUGGAGUCAACGUGUCUUUUCUGCACUACCCAGAGUACGGCUACACCAUCACGCGGCAAGAUGGCAUGUUUGACCUCUUGGCCAACGGCGGCGCUUCUUUGACGCUGAAUUACGAGCGCGCCCCGUUCCCAACGCUGCACCGCACAGUGUGGCUGCCCUGGAACGUUUUCCAUGUGAUGGACACGGUGGUGAUGAAGCGGGAGGAGAACGACAUCCCCAGCUGCUACCUUACCGGCCUGAUCCGGCCCAACCCCCUCAUCCUGGCUACGCCCCUCUCCACUCUCUACAAGAGCUCCCCAGAGGACAGCCCCAUCAUCCCCGAGACCCAGGUCCUUCAUGAGCAAGUGGCCAUACCAGGCAGUGACCUCAACCUGGUCUACCUGAGCUCCAGGGCAGCUGGCUACAAGCCCAUCCUCAAGGUGCUCCUGACCCAGGACCGUCUCCCCUUUGGCCUGAUGAAGGUCCACCUGAUGGUGGCCGUCAUGGGCCGUCAGUUCCAGAAGUCUUUCCCUGCCUUCCCUGACCUCUCGUACACCUUCAUCUGGGAUAAAACAGACGCCUACAAUCAGAGGGUCUUUGGCCUGGCAGAGGCUGUGGUGUCAGUGGGAUAUGAAUACGAGUCCUGCCUUGAUGUGGUGCUCUGGGAGAAGAGGACGGCAGUGUUACAAGGCUAUGAACUGGAUGCGUCCAACAUGGGAGGGUGGAUGCUAGACAAACACCACAUAUUGGACAUUCAGAACGGCAUUCUUUACAAAGGCAGUGGAGAGAACCAGUUCAUCUCUCUCCAGCCCCCUGUGAUCUCCACUGUAAUGGGGAACGGGCGGCGCAGAAGCAUCUCGUGUCCCAGCUGUAAUGGGCAGGCCCAGGGCAACAAGCUGUUGGCGCCGGUGGCUCUGGCGUGGGGCAUCGAUGGAAGUCUGUACGUCGGCGAUUUCAACUACAUCCGACGCAUCUACCCAUCGGGCAAUGUCACAAGUAUCAUGGAGCUCAGUAACAACCCGGCACACCGGUAUUACCUGGCAACUGAUCCAGUAAGCGGCCAGCUGUACGUGUCGGACACAAACUCCCGGAGGAUCUACAGACCCAAAACCUUAACCGGGACAAAGGAACUGCAGUCAAACGCAGAGGUGGUGGCAGGGACUGGGGAGCACUGUCUGCCCUUUGACGAGAACCACUGUGGCGAUGGAGGCAAAGCUCCAGAGGCCUCUCUCACUGGACCCAAAGGCAUCGCCGUGGGCAAGAAUGGCCUGAUAUAUUUUGUUGAUGGCACCACAAUCAGGAAGGUGGACCAGAACGGCAUCAUUUCCACUUUCCUUGGUUCCAACGACCUGACAUCGGCUCGCCCUCUGACCUGUGACAACAGCAUGGACAUCAAUCAGGUGAUUCUGGAGUGGCCCACGGACCUAGCAGUUAGCCCCAUGGACAACUCGCUGUAUGUCUUGGACAACAAUAUUGUGCUGCGCAUCACAGAGAACGGUCAAGUGAGCAUUGCAGCUGGCCGACCUCUUCACUGCCCAUUGGCUGGACUGGAGCGUGGUGUGGCGGGUGGUCAAAGGGCCCAGUUAACCCCUAUAGAAUCUGCCGUUUCCAUCGCCAUAUCUUACCAUGGGGCCAUCUACAUAGCAGAGACAGAUGAGAGAAAGAUGAGCAGGAUCCGAAAGGUUUCUGUGGAUGGAGAGCUAACACAUUUGGCCGGGUCUCCCUCCGAAUGUGAUUGCAAGAAUGAUGCCAAUUGUGACUGUUAUCAGACAGGGGACGGCUAUGCCAAAGAUGCAAGGCUCAAUGCUCCAUCUUCUUUAGUGGCAGCUCCAGAUGGAACACUCUACGUGGCAGACCUGGGCAACAUCCGCAUCCGGGCCAUCUCAAGAAAUGGGCCAACUUCAAGUGCCAAUACAUAUGAGGUGGCUUCGCCUGAUGCCCAGGAGCUGUAUGUAUUUGACAGCAAUGGUACCCACCAACACACUGCAAGCCUGCUCACUGGUGACUUGAAAUAUACGUUCAGCUACAGCACAGAGAAUGACAUCACAGCUGUUACUGACAGCAGCGGCAACACUCUGAGAAUCCGUAGAGAUCCUAACCGCACACCGGUGCGUAUCGUCGCCCCUGACAACCAGGUGAUCUGGCUUACCAUGGGCACCAACGGCGGACUGAAAACACUCACAGCACAGGGCCAGGAGCUAGUGCUUCUUACUUACCAUGGUAACAAUGGCCUGCUGGCUACAAAGACAUCAGAGAUUGGCUGGACAACUUUCUACGACUAUGACAGUGAAGGACGGCUACUGAAUGUGACGUUCCCCACCGGAAUGGUGAAUAACUUGUACACAGACAUAUACAGCGCUUUGACGGUGGACAUUGAAAGCUCUGUGACAGAUGAGGAAAUCAGCAUCACCACUAAUACCUCAACCACUCGUGCCUUCUACACUCUGGCUCAGGACCAAUGUAGAAGCAGCUAUCAAGUGGGCUUUGACAACUCGCUGAGGAUUACCUAUGCCAACGGGAUGGACACCCACUACCAGACAGAGCCUCACAUCCUGGCAGGCGCUGCCAACCCAACUGUAGCCAGACGCAACAUGAGCUUGCCAGGCGAGAGUGGGCAAAACUUGGUUGAGUGGCGCUUCCGCAAAGAACAAGCCAGAGGGAAAGUUAUCGUGUUUGGACGCAAGCUUAGGGUGAACGGACGAAACAUUCUUUCUGUCGAUUACGAUCGCACCCUGAGGACAGAGAAGAUUUAUGAUGACCACAGGAAGUUCCUCUUAAAGAUUAUAUACGACACAGCAGGCCACCCAGUGCUCUGGGUGCCCAGCAGUAAGCUACUGCCAGUUAAUGUGAGCCGCACUAGCAGUGGGCAAAUCAGUGUCCUGCAGAGAGGCCCCACCACUGAGAGACUUGAGUAUGAUAGCCAAGGCCGCCUGGUUUCCAGGGUGUUUGCCGAUGGGAAGAUAUGGAGUUACACCUACCUGGAGCAGUCCAUGGUUCUCCUGCUCCACAGUCAACGGCAGUACAUAUUUGAUUUCGACUCUCUGGACCGGCUUUCUGCUGUCACGAUGCCAAGCGUAGCCCGCUACACGAUGCAGACCAUCCGUUCAGUGGGCUACUACAGGAACCUUUAUCACCCCCCAGAGAGCAACGCCUCAGUGGCUGUGGACUACAGCGAAGACGGCCUCCUACUGAGAGUAGCACAUCUCGGCACAGGCCGUAGGAUCCUGUACAGGUACCGCCGGCAGAACAAACUGUCAGAGAUCCUGUAUGACAGCACAAGGGUCAGCUUCACCUACGACGAGACGGCAGGAGUGCUGAAGACGGUCAACCUGCAGAACGAAGGAUUCAUCUGCUCCAUCCGUUAUCGCCAAGUGGGUCCACUGGUGGACCGGCAGAUAUUCCGCUUCAGUGAGGAUGGCAUGGUCAAUGCACGCUUUGACUACACCUACGACAGCAGCCUGCGCGUCACCAGCGUGCAAGGCGUCAUCAACGAAACACCACUACCCAUCGAUCUAUACCAGUUUGACGACAUCUCAGGAAAGGUUGAACAGUUUGGGAAGUUUGGGGUGAUCUACUAUGAUAUUAAUCAGAUCAUAUCCACUGCCGUCAUGACCUACACCAAGCACUUUGAUGCCCAUGGACGCAUCAAGGAGAUCCAGUAUGAGAUAUUCCGCUCACUUAUGUACUGGAUCACUUUCCAGUAUGACGAUGUGGGGCGAGUCACCAAACGAGAGAUCAAGAUCGGCCCCUUUGCUAACACCACCAAGUACAGCUAUGAGUAUGAUGUGGAUGGCCAGCUCCAGACUGUGUACCUGAACGAGAAAGUGAUGUGGCGCUAUACGUAUGACCUUAAUGGAAAUCUGCAUCUGCUGAAUGCAGGAAACAGUGCAAGACUUCUACCUCUGCGCUAUGACUUGAGAGACCGUAUCACCCGCCUUGGAGAUAUCCAAUACAGAAUGGAUGAAGACGGUUUCCUCCGUCAGAGGGGAGCAGAAAUCUUUGAGUACAACUCCAAAGGUCUCUUGGUGCGGGUCUACAGCAAGAGCAAUGGAUGGACCAUUCAGUAUCGCUAUGAUGGACUCGGACGCAGAGUGUCCACCAAGUCAAGCUUGGGCCAACACCUGCAGUACUUCUACGCAGACCUGAGCUACCCGGCUAGGAUUACACAUGUGUACAACCACUCCAGUUCGGAGAUCACCUCACUUUACUAUGACCUCCAAGGCCAUCUGUUUGCUAUGGAGAUCAGCAGCGGUGAGGAGUUCUACAUUGCCUGUGAUAACACCGGCACACCUCAGGCUGUCUUCACCAGCAAUGGCCUCCUGGUCAAACAGCUCCAGUACACAGCAUACGGCGAGGUCUACUUUGACUCAAACCCAGACUUCCAGCUGGUGCUCGGGUUUCACGGAGGACUGUAUGAACCCCUGACCAAACUACUGCACUUUGGUGAGCAGGAUUAUGAUAUAAUGUCUGGAAGGUGGACUAUCCCAGAUGUCUCUACUUGGCAGCAAGUUGGCAAAGAGCCAGCUCCUUUUAAUUUAUACAUGUUCAGAAAUAAUAACCCCAUCAGCAAAGUCCAUGAAGUGAGAGAAUAUGUUGCAGAUGUGAACAGCUGGCUUGUAACCUUUGGCUUUCAUCUUCACAACACCAUUCCUGGGUUUCCGGUCCCAAAGUUUGAUUUAAGCAUGCCAUCCUAUGAACUGAGGAAGAGUCAGCUCUGGGAUGAUCUGCCGUCUAUCUCUGGGGUCCAGCAGGAAGUAACCAGACAAGCUCAUUCUCUCUUGUCAUUCGAGCGGCUCCCAGAGGUCCAUCUCAGCCGAGGUCGCAGAGGUGAAAAGUCUUGGCUGUGGUUCUCGGCGGCAAUGUCUCCCAUCGGAAGAGCCGUUAUGUUCGCUAUCUACAAGGGCAGCGUUCACACUCAUACGCUCAACGUGGCCAGUGAGGACUGUAUCAAGGUCGCAACCAUCCUCAACAACGCUUUCUAUUUGGAAGACAUCCACUUCACUAUAGAAGGACGGGACACACACUACUUUGUCAAGCCAGGCCUUCCAGACGCCGACCUUGCCGCGUUGCACCUCACUAGUGGACACAAGACUCUGGAGAAUGGUGUCAAUGUGACGGUUUCCCAGUCCACCACAGUCAUGGAUAGUCGGACUCGCCGUUUCGCAGAUGUGGAGAUUCGUGCCGGUGCUCUAGCUCUUCAUAUUCGCUAUGGAUCCACGGUGGACGAGGAGAAAGCGCGAGUUGUUGAGCUCGCCCGUCAGCGCGCCCUUGCUGGUGCGUGGGCGAGAGAACAGCAGCGAGUGCGAGAUGGCGAGGAAGGAGUCCGUCCCUGGACAGAGGGGGAGAAGAGGCAGCUUCUGAGUAGUGGAAAAGUUUUGGGGUAUGACGGGUACUAUGUGCUCUCCAUUGAGCAGUACCCAGAAUUAUCAGACAGCACUAAUAACAUCCACUUUCUUCGGCAAAGUGAAAUUGGGAAAAGGUAACAAUACGAGGUGCAUCUUCUGGCAAAGAGACUUGGUUUUGGUAGAGACAUACAAGCGGACAAAAUGAAAAGCAACUGAAUCCAAAGGUUGCUGCUAUGUACCCCGAGUGUCGUGUGUUUUUAUAAAAAAACAACAAAAGAAAGAACAGAAAAAAAAAAUUCAAGGGGUCAAAAGCAAUGCUGUGCAUUGUGACCUAGGGACUACAGAGUAAAUGUAUAACUACACCAAGCCUUAACAUGGCAAUUACAGGUCCGUUCCUCUGUUGCACAAGCCUUUUAGACUCUGGACUCUGAAGCAGAGGAAUAGUGGUGUCUUUCGGGAAACAGUGAGCUGAUUUAGGUGUUUUAUGUUUUGUGUUUUUCAUCAAGAGAAGUCUGGUUCAACAGAAAGUAUAAUAGGAGCAAAGGAAAUGUUUACAUUAUGCAUAUCUGCACUUCUCUAGAAGUACGGGGCUCGAGAGUUCACACUCCUAGAGCAAGCGGUGUCCUUGAUCAAAUGUUUGUUUUUAAAAUCAGAGACUUCUGACGUUAGAGAUAUCCUCACCUAACAACCACUAUAUAUACCAGAUUUAGCACUGUAAACAUCAGAGACGUUGAAAUGUCUUAUUCUCUUUGAGAUGCUUUUAAACAGAAAAAAAGAAACCGUUUCCAUGUUUAAAUACCCAAUAUUCAUUGUGAAAAAAAGUGCAGCAAAAGGU